AUGGCUGCCGUUGCCCCUCCCCGCGGUCUUCCGCCCAAUGCCUCCCUCCCCACCAAGGUGACCCCGAUCGCACCCAACCAGACACUCUACAUCACAAACCUCCCUUCAGCAAAAAUCCAGAAACCCGACCUACGCACCGAAUUGUACCUGCUCUUCUCGACCUAUGGUCCUGUUCUCGACAUUGUCGCGAUGAAGACCAUGAAGAUGCGCGGCCAGGCGCACAUCACCUACCGCGAUAUUCAGACAGCGACACAAGCCAUGAGGUCGCUGGAGGGAUUCGAGUUUCUCGGUCGCCCACUCAGAAUCCAGUACGCCAAGAGCAAGUCGGACUUCAUUGCCAGGCUCGACCCUAACUUUGAGCUGCCCAAGACGGGCGCCGCCAAGGUUGAGGUCACAUCACUGCAGCAGAGCAUCUUCAACGCGCCAGCGCCUGGGACCGCUGCUAAGCCGGCGCCCGCCGCGGACACAACCAUGGAGGAUGCGCGCUCGGAGGGCGGCCGGGGGCAGAAGAGGACAAGAGACCAGGAGGAAGAGGAGGAGAGCGACGAUGACGGCGACGUGGCCAUGGAGGAGGACAGCGACUGA